AUGGCUUUUUGUAUUCAAUUCGGCGUUCUGCUAGUGAUUCUCGGCUUGAAUGUCCAACAAUGCGCUAGUCAGCAGGCUUUCGGGUCCGUCUCACUGGCCGCCAUUCAGCGAAUCAUUCCGCACGCUUCCAACGCCAACGUGUUCGCGCUGGCCAAGGCUCUCAACAACAAUAUCGGAAAAUUUGCCGUCAUGCGAACGGCGAUCAAUCAAUUCUUCACACAGAACAAGCAGGGCAAACCCAACCCGAAGACAUUGUCGCAGUACGACAACGCCAAUUACAGUCGGCAAAAGCUCAUCGCUCUAGUGAACAAUAGGCAAGCAAUCAAACAAUGGUGGGAUGUGCUGACGCCGGGACUCACGAAACUCUAUAACGCGGCCACCGCACAAAAAUAUAAAAACCUCUAUGCAUAUUUCGACAACCGCGAGAAGAACUCCUAUGAUUAUGUGCUCGUCUAUUUCACGUUGUGCAUUUCGAUGAAGGAGAUGGAUGAGACGAAAAUGGAUAAGCUCACCGAUUUGGUGUUCGAUUCAAUGGAGGCUCAAUACAACAAGACUCCGGCUCUCGCAUUCUUGAUCUACACGGAAGCCUGGCAGAAGAACCACAAUCAGACAUACAUGAAGGGAAAUUGGUAG